UAGGAGGGCAGCGGUGGCCCGGGGGACAGGACCGCCGGCCCCGGGAGACGGGCAGGAGGGCGACCCUGCGCGCUGGGAUGUGACCGCGGCCCGCGGAGGACUCGACCUCUCCGCCCCAGAGGAUCUGAGCAUCUUCAGGACCCUACCCUUGGAUACUCAGCUCAGCCAGGCCCUGGCCAUGGCACUGUGCCUAAAGCAGGUGUUUGCUAAGGACAAGACAUUCCGGCCAAGGAAGCGCUUUGAGCCAGGCACACAACGCUUUGAGCUGUAUAAGAAGGCCCAAGCAUCACUCAAGUCUGGACUGGACCUGCGCAGUGUGGUGAGGCUGCCGCCUGGGGAGAACAUUGAUGACUGGAUUGCUGUGCACGUAGUGGACUUCUUCAACCGCAUCAACCUCAUCUACGGGACCAUGGCUGAGCACUGCAAUGAGGUCAGCUGCCCAGUCAUGGCUGGUGGGCCCCGAUACGAGUACCGCUGGCAGGAUGAACGCCAGUACCGGAGGCCUGCCAAGCUCUCAGCACCACACUAUAUGGCCUUGCUUAUGGACUGGAUUGAGGGCCUCAUCAAUGACGAGGAUGUCUUUCCUACGCGUGUUGGAGUUCCCUUCCCCAAGAACUUCCAGCAGGUCUGCACCAAGAUCCUGACCCGCCUCUUCCGAGUCUUUGUCCACGUCUACAUUCACCACUUUGACAGCAUCCUCAGCAUGGGGGCGGAGGCACAUGUCAACACCUGCUACAAGCACUUCUACUACUUCAUCCAAGAGUUUAGCCUGGUGGACCAGCGGGAGCUAGAGCCACUGAAGGAGAUGACAGAGCGUAUCUGUCACUGAGCCCAGGCCUGGAUGUUGCUGCCCAUUACAUGGACCAUCUGAACACAGCAUGGCUGGGGGAGGGGACCCUCUGGAGUCCGGUGGUAGAGAAUCUGAAGGCCCAUAGGAUACCUCUGCAUACCAAAUGCCUCUGGACUUCUGGUUCUCAGAAGUUUGCCCAGGUGUCUUUCUGAGUGCAUGGAAAAGGGGGGGCUUCAAGGGAGCAACCAAAAGAAAGAGGGAGUUAAAUCCCUGGCUUGAAGUCUGGGAGUAGGGUGAGUUACCAGAUUGCCUCUCUGAUACUUGACCCUUCCAUGGUAACUCCCAGCCUAUUUGGGAAAUAGGGAGUGUAGCUAAGGUGAUGGAAAGAAAGAUGCAGGAGAGUGAGUGCUGUGUGUGCCAGUGUCAGUGUGAGUGUGUGUGAGUGUGUGUGUGUGUGUGUGUGUGUGUGAGUGAGUGAUUUUGACUGUGUGGUGUGUUUUGAGAGCACGUCCCUGACACAUAGUAGACUCCACAGAUGAUGGGUGGAUGGAUGGAUGAAUAGAUAGAUGGAUGAAUGGAUAGAUGGGUGGACGGGUGGGUGGAUGGAUGGAUAGAUAGGGACAUCAGACCAUGACCACUGUAGGAGUACUGACAGCUACUGACUACUGAGUGUUGCCACUCAGGAUGUCUGACUAUGUGUAUAAAUGCAUAAAAUGUGGUCACAGAUGCAAAUCUACAAUUGAAACUUUCAUUCUAUCAUCUUUCAUUAGCAUGAGACCUAGGGAGCUGGGUAGAGGUUGGAAGGGGGACUCUUACCCAGAGUCUCUUGAAUCCCUGACCCUCCAUGCUUAUGAUUCUGAUUUGCUAAGCUAGACAUGCCAUUGAGUUGUCAUUUCACUCAUCUCCUUUCUUCCAGGAGACCCUUGUGUUAGACUCCUGGGAUCUGGGGAUGAUCCCAUGUGUCCAUAAAGGUCCCCUGGCUUUUUAACUGUGACUUGUAAAUUCCAAUCUAGAAUCUAUAGAGUUUACUUCCAGGAUCUGAAGCCCAACAUGAAACAAUCGUCUAGCCUAAGCACAUGGUGGGGCUUAAAUUAGAAAAUUUGGAGUCUUGUUUUUUCUUUCUUUUUUUUUGGGG